UGCAAAAGUUUUAGUUCGCGACUCGCAAGGCACGUAUCACUGUUUUGAUACAAGCUUUGAAUCCAGUUUCCUCAGAGAAAUGGUUUAGAAUAAAACUUGGAAAAGUUCAUGAACAAGCAGGAGUAAUCAAGGUAUCGGUAAGAAUUUGUUGUUUUCAGGAAAAUGAAAAGACGGAGAGGUUCCCAUGCUCCAUCCGCAUAUGACGAGGAAUCACGUGACAGAUCAAGUGGUAGGACACGUCAGAGACGACAUAGUGGAGUACAAGAAAGAUCACGUGAUAGAAUAGCACGAAGUAGAUCACCCCGCAGAUCACGUGCUAGAUCACCUAGUGGAUCACGUGACUCAAAAGGGUUUUGGCAGGAGAGACCGAGCGAUGACUCGAUGAAUAGGUUUUAUCGAGGCUCACGUAGCUUGACACACUCAACAAGGUCACGUGAUGGAAGAGAACGGAGUAGAUCACCCCACAGAUCACGUGUUAGAUCACCUAGUGGAUCACGUGACUCAAAAGGGUUUUGGCAGGUGGAGAGACCGAGCGAUGACUCGAUGAAUAGGUUUUUUCGAGGCUCACGUAGCUUGACACACUCAACAAGGUCACGUGAUGGAAGAGAACGGAGUAGGUCACCCCGUAGCUCACGUGUUCGAUCACCUAAUGGAACACGUGACUCUAGGUUUUGUCAGGAGGAGAGACCGAGGGAUGACUUUAGGGAUAGGUCUUAUCGAGGCUCACGUAGCUUGACACAAUCAAGAAGGUCACGUGAUGGAUCACAUUACAGCAGCUCUGUUGGGAAUAGUUUUCAAAAGAGCCGGAUAAAGUCAGAUAGAUCGGACACAAGAAGAAAAGUAGUUCUAGGUUUCAACGCAGUAUCAAAUUUGCUGACCAAGGAGCCAGAUGACGUUGUCGUCGACUUAACAACCGAGCGCUGCUUUCCAGCUGUUAAAGAGCUGCUUAGCUCUGAGGGCAUGGAGACAAAAAUGUUUUUUAUUGUGCUGAAGAUGCUGGCCCAUUUGUGUAAGACAACCAGUGCACCUUCAGGUCUGACGGUAAAAUUAUUAAACUUCGUGCUCCAAUCAAAGUUCAUAAGUCAUCACCUAUCGUCCUACCUUAAUGCUCAAUGUGAUGAGAACGAGAUCAACGAUAAUGGCCUUGAAGCGCUACAGAAUAUUGCUGUACUCUUCUCUGAACUGCUUUCUCGCUUCCCUAGCUCGUAUGCCAAACUUCCGAUCCCAGCUCUAAAGGAAUAUACCGCCUCCUUGGAUGACAAACAAAAAUUGUCGAAUAAUCACAAGACUGUCACAGCUGUAGAAGAGUUAGUGGCAUUCAAGAAUAAGCAAGUUCAAAACCUGAAGAAGAAUGCACAAUCGAGUAAGCAACCUACUAAUGAAACCUACAGCGCUUAUCGUCAAAUGAGCGUAAUUCCAAGCCAAGACGAUUUCUGUACCACAAGCAGGCCUUUUCUAAGGAAAAACAAGACAGUGGGUGCGUAUUCUGGGCCGGACGACUACUUGGAUGCGCAGUUUCGUCUGAUGCGUGAAGAUUUUAUUCGCCCUCUGCGUCAGGGGAUUCAGGAGCUGUUGGGACAAGAUGAGUCAACCAAACUAAAUUCCACGCAGGACAUUCGCCUCUACCACAAUGUUCGAGUCCUGGACCCUGUGUUUAGUUACCAAGGGAUUUCCUACAAAGUGGAAUUUGAUAUGUCGAGGCUGAAGAGAGUUAACUGGAAGAACUGUAAAAGGCUCAUCUACGGGUCUCUUCUCUGCCUUUCUAUGGACAACUUCAAAUCAUCCAUGUUGGCGACGGUGGAAAAAAGAGAUGUGCACGAGCUAGAGAAGGGAAUAGUGCACAUACGCUUUAACCAAGCAGUUGGGGAUAUUUCGGCAAACGUCUACACAAUGGUAGAGACAGUGGCAUACUUUGAGUCGUAUCGUCACGUGCUCCAAAGGCUGCAAGAGAUCGAUCCACAGUCCAUGCCAUUCCAGAAGUACAUUGUUUACUGCGAAAACGUAAUUGAACCUCCUGCCUACCUACGGAGUAGUAAGGGGGCGAAGGCAGAAGAGGAGGAGGAAGAGGAGGAGGGUUUGAUAAAAGAUGAAAGUGAAUGUGAAAUCAAGAAAAUCACUUACGACCUCACUCCUAUUAUGGAAGAUGAAAGAGUAAGACGAAAACGGAAGUUUGACAAUGCAGCAGGCACGAAAGAUGUUUUCGGGGAGUCAGUGGAUAUUCUUGAUUUAAAUUCCUGGCCAAGUGCCGAGGCUCUAAACCUGGACGAAUCUCAACUUCGUGCUGUGCAAACUGCUUUGACGAAAGAGUUUUCGGUCAUUCAGGGACCUCCUGGGACUGGCAAGACCUACAUAGGCUUGAAGGUAGCCAAGGUGCUUCUGCAUAACAAGAGUAAGUGGGACAGCGGAAAUGACGGCGAUGAUAAUGUUCAAGGCGAACAACUACAAAACCUUCGCCAAAUUAACCGACACCGACCAAUCCUUGUGGUGUGCUACACUAACCACGCUCUGGACCAGUUUUUGGAGGGGAUACACGAGUUUCGCCCCAACGGCAUCGUCCGUGUUGGAGGACGAAGUGCAAGCGAGAAGUUGGAGAAGUGUAUUUUGAAGAACCUUAGACGAGAAAACCCAGUACCUAUACCUCAAGUCAGUGCGAUGCAGAAGGUCAAAGGAAAACUAAGAGACAUGGAGCAAAAGCUGAAUGGCGCAACGGAAAAUCGGCGAAUAUGCAUGGAUCACGUGAUUCAUGAGAAGGAACUUGUUUAUCAUGGAGAGAUGUCACGUGAUCAGAUGAAAUGCCUCACUCGUCGAAGGGAAAACUCACUCGUGUCAGCUAUGCUCUUUUGGUUAGAACUCAUACAACCAAAUUCCGAUCGACCUGUCCACCGUGUCGCCAGCUUUCCGUUCUCCAGGAUGUCCGCAGGGCGAAACUUUGUUUGUCGGGACCACAAGGCGAGGUUUAGCCACGCCCGAAUCGAGGGACCAGGUGAUGGGUGGUUAGAACUCCGUGGAUCGGCAGAAAGCUUUGUCGAAAUCCCUUCACGCGCAUUCCUUGACGUAAGAAGGUCCAUAACGCUUGUGGUAUUCGUGUUUCCCAAAACAGAAGAUCGCGGAAAGAUAGUCUGGUAUGGCAACAAAGACCGUAAAGGAGUAGCAGUGGAACAACAUGGAACAAAAAGGAACAAGGGAGUCCUGGUCGCAUCGUUUCCGAGCCGAGACUCAAAAGGCGAAGGUAGUGACUAUUUCCCGUCGCAAAAUUGUACACUGUCAUCCCCGGUUCUAAGGCUUUACGAGUGGAACUACGUAGUAGCUUCGUACAACUACGAGUCGGGGCUGGCACAGCUGUGGCAUGAUGGGACUCUCGUGAGCGAAAGACUCAUCGGAGAGCACCGACUUCUAGCUACACAAUACUCUCUACGAGUCGGCCCAGUCCGUGGUAGACUGAAAAAAUUAUAUAUUUUCCCAGAAGCAAUUGGGACAGACCAGAUCUGGCAAAUCGGUGGGAUAACGCAAGGAGUUCUCGACGCGAGAGCUGAAGAGAAUGACGACUUCACCCUCGAAAAUGACGGGAUGUUGGAGGAGCCCAUGCGCCCUGCCUCGUGCAGAUCAGCGCCCCAUGCUUUGCGUAGUGAAGAUGGUGAUUUCACAUUCGAAGCGGAUGCAUUGAUGGCGGGAAGAAUGUUAGAUGAUGGAGACGAUUAUGAUAAUCCUAUCCUGGAACAAAGGCAUUGGUCAGAGAAAAGAAUCCAGACUGUCUAUCCAUUUGACAUUAUUCCUCCACAAGAAAAUAGAACCCAUAAGGUCAAAGCUCGGGACAAGUCAUCUCGAGCAAGGGGUAUACAGUCAAGAUGGAACGAAACCCUGAAGAGAGAAUUGAGAUCAAAAGAUGUGAUGACUGAACAAGAAGUCGAAGCGGCAAAGGGGAGAGAUUUGUGGGAGCUCCCGCUGGCCGAUCGCUGGCGAUUGUAUCGCUACUGGUCCAGGAAUAUACGCGUUGCAUUUCGAGAGGUUGCCGAGGACAUGAAUGCACAAGAUCUUUACCGGGACAGAAUCAAGCGAUUAAAUGAACUUAAGGAAAUGCAAGACAUUGCGAUUCUCAGAAAAGCUGAAGUUAUCGGUAUGACAACUACAGGGGCAGCAAAAAACCAUGAAUUCCUUCAAGAGAUCAAGCCGCGCGUGGUCAUUGUGGAGGAGGCCGCUGAGGUGAUGGAGGCUCACAUUGUGACAGCCUUGAGCCCCGCAUGUCAGCAUUUGAUUCUAAUUGGAGACCACAAGCAGUUACGACCUAAUACAAACGUCUUCAAACUUGCCAGGGACUUCAAACUAGACGUUUCUCUUUUUGAACGAAUGGUCAACAACAAGAUACCUCUUGUGUGUCUACGCAAGCAGCACCGCAUGCGACCGGAGAUCUCGAAGAUGCUCCACCACAUCUACCCAGAUUUAGAGGAUCACGAGUCAGUGCUGAACUUCGACAACAUCAAAGGAGUCUCGACGAACAUCUUUUUCAUCGACCAUCAAGAAAAAGAGGAAUUAAUUGAGGAGGGCAGAAGCCGGUCGAACAUCCAUGAGGCUAAGUACGUGGCUGCUCUCUGUCGCUACCUCAUCCUUCAGGGAUAUGAACGCUCUAAGAUCACCGUGCUGACCAUGUACACUGGGCAGCUCCUCGCGCUCAGGAAAGAGAUGCCAAAAGAUUUCUUUGAAGGUGUUCGAGUGUCAGCCGUGGAUAACUUUCAGGGCGAAGAGAACGACAUCAUCCUUUUGUCCCUGGUACGCAGUAACGACGAGGGUAACAUCGGCUUUCUUAACAUUUCCAACCGAGUGUGCGUAGCGCUGUCCCGUGCAAGAAAAGGUUUCUAUUGCAUCGGCAAUUUGAGUCUUAUGGGGGAAGUGGACGACUUGUGGAGGAAUAUCGUUGGAGAGUUCCACGACAAAGGGAAGGUUGGAAAAUCGUUACGGUUAGCUUGUCAAAAUCACCCUGACAAGGUGAUCCGCGCUGCUGAGGCCGAUAACUUCAAAGAUGCGCCAGAAGGAGGUUGCAUGCUGCCGUGUGCUGAAAGGUUGGCUUGUGGACACAUGUGUGAGAAGCCCUGCCACCCUGUUGACAACGAUCAUACGGAGUUUAAGUGUAGGAAGCCAUGCAGACGACAACUGUGCGAUCUCAAUCAUCCCUGUCCUUUACCCUGCUUCGAGGAAUGCAAGCCUUGUACGGAGCUUCUACCAAAGAUCAUACCCGAAUGCCAGCAUGAACAGCAAGUACCAUGCCACAUUGAUCCUUGGGAGUUUAAGUGCAGUGAGCCCUGCCCCAAGACUCUUGAGUGCGGCCACCCAUGCGCAAGGAAAUGCGGCGAUACUUGCACUUCUAAAUGCAUUGAGAAGAUCGAGAAAACUCUUCCAUGUGGACACAAGGAAACAGUGAGGUGUUACAAGGACAUUUACGAGGUCAAGUGCUUAGAGCCGUGCAAAGACUUGCUCAAAUGUGAACAUCAGUGCGAAGGAACCUGCCAUAGCUGCAUGCAAGGGCGUGUGCAUCAGCAGUGCAAGUCUAAGUGCGGCCGAACCUUGUUUUGCGGUCACAUCUGCCAGGAACCAUGUACAAAGAACUGUCCUCCUUGCAAAGAGGGAUGCCAGAACAAAUGUACGCACAGCGAAUGCAAGAAAAAGUGCGGCGAGCCGUGCGUGCCAUGUGCAGAGCCUUGUGCCUGGAAAUGCCGACACUAUAAAUGCAGUAAGCUGUGCGGGGAGAUAUGUGACCGCCCACGAUGCGACAAACCUUGCCCUUAUAAAAUCGAGAAAUGCAAGCACCCCUGUAUCGGGCUGUGUGGUGAGAAGUGCCCUGAAAAGUGCCGCAUCUGCGACAAAGAUGAGGUGACUGCUAUUCUCUUUGGCGACGAGGACGAGCCAGACGCAAGGUUCGUUCAGCUCGAGGAUUGUAUUCACAUCGUGGAGGUGAAAGGGAUGGAUAAGUGGAUGGAUCAGGCCCAAGAUGGAGACGCGUCUUUCGUGCAGCUUAAAGGGUGUCCCAAGUGCACAGCCCCAAUCAGGAAUACACGUCGCUAUGGCAAUAUCGUUAAAGGAAUCCUUAAAGAUUUUGAGAACAUCAAAGAGAAGAUGAUCCUAACUAGUGAUGCUGAAACAAUCGAUAAGGCCAUCGAAAUCACUCUCUCUCUGACCAGAACAGACAUUCAUAUUUUGCCAUGGUCUAUUAAAGAUUUAAAGAGUCCUAGAAUGACUGCCAACCAGUUAAACGUGUACAAUAACCAAACCAAUUUCCUGAAGAGAAUGUUAGAACUGCAAUCAGCUUUGGGGGCCGAAGUUUCCUCAGAUCCUCAGGUAAUGCGACAGAUUGACGCUCUCAAAGCCACGAUCUGCAGGAAACGAACUUUCUUUAAUGUUCAAGAACUCGAGGACAUUGACAAGGAAAUUCACCGCUUGGAGUUAUGGCGGUUUCUUUUAGUCCUGCGAAGCAAUCUCAAUAAAAGAGAGAAAAGUUUGUCAGAUGAGCAUGCCGACUGGAUCAGCAUCGUUGACAAUGCACUCGACUCUGGAGGGCGACUAGACCAAUCUGAUAUCGAAAUGCACAUGGAUCAUCUAGAAGAGAUUCGCAAGGAGUACUUCCCAGACGUCUUCUACGGAUCCGUUACAAAAGAUGAGAAGACAGAGAUCGUAAAGGCGGUCGGAUUGACUAAAGGACACUGGUACAAAUGCCCGAACGGCCAUUUCUACUGUAUCGGUGAAUGCGGCGGGGCGAUGCAGGAGUCUACCUGCCCUGAGUGUGGUGCAGCCAUCGGGGGGAGUCGUCACCGUCUGCUUGAAGACAACAGUCUGGCUCCAGAGAUGGACGGGGCAGAGCAUGCGGCCUACGGAGACAUGGCCAACAUGAACAACUUUGAUCUGGCUGAUCUGCAAUGAUGAAAACGGAUACGCACGCAUUGAGUGGUGUUUUAGACGAAUGCAUCGUGGCAUUCGGUUGUUUUGGUUGUGCUUUAGACUAAUGAAAAUCACAGCCUCUUUGUUUAGGAUAAUAGUUGUACUUUAGACAAAUGACCAUCACAGCGUUCGUUUAGUAUAAAGAUGGCGCUUUAGACUAAUGGUUAUCACAACGUUUCUGUAGGCUGUCAGAUGAGACAUAAAAAACUAUGACAAGGGUGGGGUAAGAAAUCAACACAUAGAUUCACAGUGGCAUGUUCGCCUAAUAUGUUUAAAAAGUAGUUUCACUGACGUUUAGGCCAUAGGCCCACGUACGGUCUUUAGUGGUUUCUGAUAAUAAUCCAGGUUUAUCAAAAUGUAGCCAGGAGCUCUUCAAAUUGAAAAAGGCCUUGCCAUUGUAAGGUUUUUAGAGAAAGUUCAUUAUCAUCCCGAGGGGGGAGGCGUGAGGAUUUCGAUAAAAAUAAGGGAUAAAAUUAGUUGCAACACCAAACAACACCCAAAGAUACCAGUGACCCCUCACCCCUUUUUAAAAUCCAUAUACUUUUGACGGCCCCCCUUUAGACCUCGUAAAUUUUUUGAGGCCCCCCACAGUAUCUUCACCCUCCCCCCCCCCCCCCCACCCCCCUCGGGAUAAUAAAUGAACUUUCCCUUAUAACCGCUAUACUUAAUUAUACUGCAUGAUGAGUAAAUAAAAGUAGAAAAAUUGUGCCAUUGUAGGUUAAGAAGUAUGAAAUAUUAAAGUAUAAGUAAAAGUCUUUUAUUAAAUCUAAACAUAUAUCACCGUUUUAUCUAGAAGAUUUAGACUCCCAUUGUAGUUUACACUGUAUUAAGGGGCUGCCAGCAACGAAUAAACAUGCCCGCCAUCAAUAAUGAUGAAUAAAUACAUCUAAGAAUCA